AUGCAGACGGCAACAGCAGCAGCAGCAGCAGCUCGCAGCGCCGCCGCCAUCUUACCGGGCGGUGGAUCGGCUGCUUCCGCCACUGCUAGGCUGGGUGGCAAGCCACGCGCCCCCUCCCUUGCUCGGUCCGAGCCCAGCUCCUCGCGAACCCUCGUCACUCUGCCUCGGUCCGCCCUGCGCCUCGGUCAGUGCCGCUCCUGCGGCAAGCUGCAGCCGCCGUCGCCGUCGUCGUCGGUGCGUGCCUUUUCCUCGACCCGCGCCCAGCUCGCCUCAGCCAAGGACCCCUACGCCACGCUCGGCGUCAAGAAGGAUGCCGCCGCAAAGGACAUCAAGCGCGCCUACUACGACCUCGCCAAAAAGUUCCAUCCGGACACGAACAAGGAAAAGGGCGCCAAGGAGCGCUUCGUAGAGAUCCAGAGCGCCUAUGACAUCCUCAGCGACGAAAAGAAGCGCGCCGCCUACGACCAGUACGGCACCACCGACGGCCAGCCCGGGUUCGACCCAUUCGGCGGCGGUGGCUCCUCGCCCUUCGGAGCGGGCGGCUUCGGCGGCUUCCAGGACUUUGGCGGCUUCUCCAACGCCGGCAACGCGGGCUCCAUCUUUGAGAGCCUAUUUGGCGCCUUUGGAGGCCAGAGGGCCGGUCAGCGCGGGCCCGGCUUCGGAGGCGCCGGCUUCGCGGGAGAGGCCCGCGGCGACGACCUCGAGACGACCGUCAACAUCACCUUUGAGGAGGCGUGCAAGGGGACAAAGCGCAAGGUCGUCAUCAACCCCGUCGAGCGCUGCGGCACCUGCUCCGGCUCCGGCAUGAAGGCUGGCGCCAAAAAGUCGACCUGCGCCACCUGCAACGGCACCGGAACCCGCACCUUUGUCAUCCAGAGCGGCUUCCAGAUGGCGACCACCUGCCCCAGCUGCGGCGGUGCCGGCACCACCGUGGCUCCCGGCGACGGAUGCAAGAGCUGCGACGGCCUUGGCCGCGUCCGGGGUCGCAAGGAGGUCGAGAUUGACCUCCCUGCCGGCGUCGACGACGGCUUCCGCAUCCGCAAGGAUGGCUUCGGCGAUGUGCCGCUCUCGGGCGCCGGCGUCCCCGGAUCGCUCUACGUGCGGAUCAACGUGGCCCCGAGCAAGAUCUGGCGGAGGCAGGGAUCGACGCUCUUUUUCCCGGCCCAGAUCCCGUUCCACACAGCCAUCCUUGGCGGCAAGGUGCGCGUUCCCACCCUCGACGGACCGGUCGAGGUGCGCGUGCCUGCCGGCACCCAGGUCGGCGAGGAGAUGAUCCUGCAGGGCCGCGGCGUCGCCUCGCCCACCCGGAGGGGCCAGAAGGGCGACCUCAUGGUCCAGUUUGACGUGUCGAUGCCUCGAUCGUUGACGAAGCGACAGCGUGAGAUUCUGCAGCAGUACGCCGACGAGGUCGAAGGACGUGCGCCAAAGCCCGCAGCGGCUGCGGCGGCGCCUGGGCAGAAGACGCAGGCAGAAUCGUCGGCUCGACCUGCGCCCUCGACGUCGGCGUCGGCACCAAAGGCCGAGGCAGGAGCGGGCGCUGGCUCCACACCGCAGUCCAAGGCGACCAAAGGUCAAAAGACUGCGUCGCCGUCGCCGGCCGCCCCUUCGUCGGCCGAGGACAGCAAGAACGGAGGCAAGGACUCGUCCAAAGACUCGUCCAAGGACUCAUCCAAGAGCGAGAGCAGCGGCGACGCGCCCAAGUCGAGCUAA